CCUCACUUUUUAUCUACAUAUACCUCCACGGCCACACGCUUCACACUCAAGCAGAGGAAAGUAGCACAGGGUUUGUUUGUUUGUUUGUUUGAUUGAUUCAGAGAUGGGAGUGGUAAUCAUCGACGGAUCAACGGUGAGAGACUUUGUGAAAGAUGAGGAACAGUUCACGAAGAGUGUGGAUGAGAGUUUCGCAUCUCUCGAUCUCAACAACGACGGUGUCCUUUCCAGGUCCGAGCUUCGCAAGGCCUUUGAGUCUAUGCGACUCAUCGAGGCCCACUUCGGUGUCGACGUUGCCACGCCCCCGGAGCAGCUCACCCAGCUUUACGACUCCAUUUUCGAUAAGUUCGAUUGCGAUGGCAGCGGCACCGUUGACCUCCAGGAGUUCAGAUCUGAGAUGAAGAAGAUCUUGCUUGCUAUUGCUGAUGGAUUGGGGUCUUGCCCUAUCCAGAUGGCUCUGGAGGAUGAUGACCAAAGUUUUCUAAAGAAGGCUGCUGACCUUGAGGCUGCCAAGCUCGACCCAAGCCAUGCUGAGGCUUCCUGAUCGAUCGAUCCUACAAGAUUUCUCAACUUAAAUUUAUGUACUUCUUGUUGUAAUUACGGCCAGUUGUGAAAAAUGUUGGGAUCUAAAUCUUUAGUAUAAGCCAUCUUUUGUCCCGAAUCUAACAAGUCGGGGUUUUUAAGGCUGUUUCAAGCUUUCAAUAAUGGCUGCAAUAAGAUAUCCCAUCAAGUAUUCUCUUCCAA